AUGUGGGUAUUCAGAUACUGCAACAGAAAUUCUUUAAAUUUCGUCUUCGACUUGAAAUAUGAAGCAAACAAGCCACAACUAUUCCCAGAUGGCUUCACUGCAGCAAGCUGCCAGCUGGGCUACAGGACAUGGAGCAAUUUCACCACCUGCGAUGCAGAUCUUCUGUUUCAGCUUUCAAAAGCUGCUGACGUUCAGAUUUGCAACACGAGGAGCAGCAGAGAAUUGUGGACAAUUCUCCUGGGCAGAUCAGCUUUAAGAGAACCAGCACAGAUUGCAUCAGAACUGAACAAGCACUGGCAGAGAUUGUUAGAAGGGCUUUCGUACUACAAACCUCCAAGUACAACUUCAGCAGAGAAGAUAAAAGCUGACAAAGAUGUAGCUGCUCCACUAAAAGAGUUGGGUCUGAGGGUCAGCAAGUUUUUGGGUCUGGAUGAAGAGCAGAGUGUGCAGUUGCUGCAGUGUUAUCUACAGGAGGAUUACAGAGGAACAAGGGACUCCCUGAAGACAGUUCUUCAGGAUGAAAGGCAGAGUCAGGCUCUGAUGUUGAAGCUUGCUGACUAUUACUACGAAGAGAGGAUCUGCAUUCUGCGCUGUGUCCUCCAUCUGCUCACUUAUUUUCAGGAUGAGAGGCACCCUUAUACAGCACAGUACUUCCAGUGUGUCGAGAAGUUGGAAAAGGAACUGGUUCCUAAUUACCGUAAACAGUUUGAAGAACUGUACAAAGCAGAAGCUCCUACCUGGGAAACACAUGGAAACCUCAUGACAGAACGUCAGGUUUCCCGUUGGUUUGUGCAAUGCCUCCGUGAGCAGUCCAUGCUCCUGGAAGUCAUCUUCCUCUACUAUGCAUACUUUGAAAUGGUACCUGAUGAGCUUCUGGUAUUUGCAAAGUUGUUCAAGGAGCAGGGAUUUGGCACGAGACAAACCAACAGGCAUUUGAUAGAUGAGAGCAUGGAUCAUCUGGUGGAUCAUAUUGGCUACCUUAGUGCUCUUAUUCUGGUGGAAGGCAUGGAAAUUGACUCCCUCCAUGAACGAGCUUUGGAUGAUAGGACAGAGGAGCACAAGUUAGCCAAUUGUGCACAUAUCCACCAGGAAAUGGACAAUCAGCUGCUGCAGUUGGGGGAUGUCUCACAUCAUGCUCCAGUGCUUUUGGCUUGGGCUCUGCUCCGUCAUACCAUAAAUCCCGAGGAGUCAACCAAUGUUAUCAGGAGGAUGGGCAGCACUGCUAUCCAGCUCAAUGUGUUCCAGUACCUGACAAAGCUUCUGAAAUCACUUAACAGUGGAGGCAAGAAUUGUACAGUCAGCACAGCUUGUAUGUGCAUUUAUGGGCUUCUUUCCUUUGUCCUGACAUCGCUGGAAUUGCAUACGUUGGGCAAUCAGCAAGAUAUAAUUGAUGCAGCAUGUGAAGUUCUGGCAGCUUCCAGCAUUCCUCAGCAGUUCUGGAAGACAGAACCAACUGCAGGUCUGGGUAUUAUCCUGGACAGUGUGUGUGGGAUGUUCCCCCACCUUCUUACUCCUCUCCUUCAGCUGCUCCAGGCUCUUGUGUCAGAUAAAUCUACUGCAAAAAAGGUGUACAGUUUCCUGGAUAAAAUGUCCUUCUACAUAGAACUCUACAAGCAUAAACCUCCUGAUGUGAUCUCUCAUGAAGAUGGCACCCUGUGGCGAAGGCAGGCUCCAAAGCUCCUCUAUCCUCUGGGACUAGGUCAAACAAAUUUGCGGAUACCUCAGGGAACAGUGGGCCAAGUGAUGCUGGAUGAUCGAGCUUAUUUAGUACGAUGGGAGUAUUCCUACAGCAGCUGGACACUGUUUACCUGUGAGAUUGAAAUGUUGCUCCAUGUUGUAUCCACAGCAGAUGUGCUUCAGCAUUGCCAGAGGGUCAAGCCAAUCAUUGAUCUGGUUCAUAAAGUCAUCAGCACUGAUGUAUCCAUAGCAGAUUGCCUUCUGCCAAUUACGUCACGAAUCUACAUGCUGCUGCAGAGGCUGACAACUGUAAUCUCUCCCCCUAUGGACGUUAUUGCUUCUUGUGUCAAUUGUUUGACAGUACUGGCUGCACGGAUGCCAGCCAAGGUUUGGACUGACCUUCACCAUACAGGCUUCUUACCAUUCGUUGCCAAUCCAGUAUCCAGUAUGAAUCAUGUGAUUAGUGCAGAGGGAAUGAAUGCUGGGGGCUAUGGAAACCUGCUGAUGGGCAUAGAACAGCCUCAAGGCGAGUACAGCGUGACCAUCUCCUUCCUGAACCUCAUCACAACUCUGGUCCGGGGACAGCUUGGUAGCACCCAGAGCCAAGGGCUUGUGCCCUGCAUUGUGUUUGUCCUGAAGGAGAUGUUACCAAAUUACCACAAAUGGCGUUACAACUCUCAUGGAGUGAGAGAGAAAAUUGGAUGCCUCAUUCUGCAGAUUCAUGCAAUCCUGAAUUUAUGCCCUGAAAUGGAUCCUCGCAGUAGCAAUGUCCCCAGCCUCCAGUCCCUGUGCAUCUUCAGUCUGGCCAACACUGAAGCAGGGCAAGCUGUCAUUAACAUCAUGGGGAUUGGUGUGGACACUAUUGACAUGGUGAUGGCCUCCCAGUCUAGUAGUGAUGAGUCACAAGGCCAAGGCCAGCUGCUGAUACAAACUGUGAAGCUGGCAUUCUCAGUCACCAAUAAUGUCAUAAGAUUGAAACCCCCCUCUAGUGUGGUAUCUCCACUGGAACAGGCACUUACUCAGCACGGUGCUCAUGGAAACAAUCUUAUUGCUGUCUUGGCCAAAUACAUCUACCACAAGCAUGACCCUGCACUGCCACGCCUGGCCAUCCAGCUGCUCAAGCGACUGGCUACGGUUGCUCCCAUGUCUGUUUAUGCCUGCCUUGGUAGUGAUGCUGCCGCCAUCCGUGACGCUUUCCUCACCCGCCUGCAGAGCAGGAUUGAGGACAUGCGUAUUAAGGUCAUGAUACUGGAAUUCCUCACAGUUGCAGUGGAGACACAGCCUGGGCUCAUCGAGCUCUUCCUGAACUUGGAAGUGAAGGAUGGCAGUGAUGGCUCAAAGGAGUUCAGUCUGGGGGAGUGGAGUUGCCUCCAAGUAGUCUUAGAGCUGAUAGACUCCAAACAACAGGAGAGAUACUGGUGUCCUCCCCUCCUGCACCGUGCUGCCAUCGCCUUCCUGCACGCCUUGUGGCAGGACCGCCGAGACAGCGCCAUGCUGGUUCUGAGGACAAAGCCAAAGUUUUGGGAAAAUUUGACUAAUCCACUGUUUGGGACUCUGCCUCCACCUUCAGAGACAUCAGAGCUCAGUGUCUUGGAUACCUGUGCCUUAAUCAUGAAAAUCAUCUGCUUGGAGAUCUACUAUGUUGUCAAGGGCUCCCUGGAUCAGUCCCUGAAAGACACGCUGAAGAAUUUCUCCACCAAAAAGCGCUUUGCUUAUUGGUCAGAAUAUGUGAAAUCACUGGCCUAUUAUGUGGCAGAGACAGAGGGCAGUAGCUGUGCCUCCAUGACAGAAUAUCAGAUGCUCAUCUCAGCCUGGAGGAUGCUGCUGAUUAUAUCCACUAGCCAUGCGGAUAUAAUGCAUCUCACUGAUCCUGCAGUUCAUCAGCAAUUGUUUCUGGAUGUGCUAGAUGGGACCAAGGCUUUGCUUCUAGUUCCCAUGUCAGUAUCUUGUCUGCAGCUGGGCUCUAUGCUGUGUACUCUUCUUCUCAUCCUGCUGAAGCAGUGGAAGAGCGAGUUGAGCUCUGUGGAUAAAAUCAUAAACUCCUUGACGCAGAUUCUGGAGGGAGUACUACAGGCAGAUCAGCAGAUGAUGGAGAAAACCAAAGCCAAAGUGUUCUCAGCUCUUAUCACUGUGCUGCAGAUGAAAGAGAUGAAAGCUCAUGGACAGCAGACUGCAUCCAUGGACUGGUGCCAGCAAUCUGGAGAAAUGGUGAAUGAGAUCCCUCAGUACUCCCAGCUGGUGCUGAGUGUGUGUGAAACACUCCAGGAUGAGGUCAUUGCACUCUUUGAUCAGACUCGACACAGCCUGACCUUGGGAGAUGCCACAGAUGACAAGGACAGCAUGGAAACAGAUGAUGCCUCCCGAGUUAAACACAAGGACCAGCGAGAUGGGGUUUGUGUUUUGGGUCUGCAUCUCGCAAAAGAGCUCUGUGAAGUUGAUGAUGAUGGAGACUACUGGCUGCAGAUUACUAGGAAAGUCCCUGUGCUUCCUACCAUUUUUACUGCUUUGGAGAUCAGCCUGAGAGUUAAACAAAACCUUCACUUCACAGAGGCCUCAUUACAUCUGCUGCUGACCUUAGCAAGGACACAACAGGGAGCAGCAGCAGUGGCUGGGGCUGGUGUCACACAGAGUGUCUGCCUGCCCCUCCUGAGCGUGUACCAACUCAGCACUAAUGGAGCCAUCCAGACAUCUGCUUCGUCUCGGAAAUCUCAGGAUGCUCCCUCUUGGCCUGGGGUCUAUCGCCUCUCCAUGUCACUGAUGGAGCGUCUCCUCAAGACACUCCGAUACAACUUUUUGACAGAAGCAUUGGAUUUUGUUGGUGUCCAUCAAGAAAGGAUUCUUCAGUGCCUGAAUGCAGUACGGACAGUACAGAGCUUGGCUUGUCUGGAGGAGGCUGAUCACACUGUUGGCUUCAUUCUCCAGCUCUCAAAUUUCACAAAGGAGUGGCAUUUCCACCUGCCACAGCUUAUGAGGGACAUGCAGGUGAAUCUGUGUUACCUGUGUCAGGCCUGUACCUCCCUCCUGCACAGCCGCAAAAUGCUCCAGCACUACCUGCAGACAAAAAAUGGUGACUCCCUUCCAUCAAGUGUGACUCCACGAGUGCAGCGUAACCCCCAAACCUCUUCCAAACACCCCAGCCCUGAGUCAGAGGCAGCAGAGCAGAAGGCACUGCUUAUGGUACAGUACAGCCUCUUGAAAAUCCUCAGCAAAUCUCUUGCUGCUCUGCGCCACUUCACCCCCGAUGUCUGCCAGAUACUCCUCGAUCAGUCACUGGACCUUGCUGAGUACAAUGUGCUCUUUGUCUUGAGUUUCACCACACCAGCCUUUGAUUCGGAUGUCGCACCUUCCUUUGGGACCCUCCUUGCCACAGUCAAUGUGGCCCUCAACAUGCUAGGAGAGUUGGAUAAGAAGAAGGAACCUUUUCCUCAGGCUGCAGGGCUGAAUAUGCAAGAGGGAACCAAAACCCUCAAGUCUCUGCUCAUGUUUACAAUGGAAAACUGUUUCUACCUGCUCAUCUCCCAGGCUGUUCGGUACUUGAGAGACCCAGCUGUGCAUCCCCGCGAUAAGCAGCGAAUGAAACAGGAGCUGAGCUCUGAGCUGAGUACACUGCUUUCCAGCUUGUCUCGUUAUUUCCGCCGUGGUGGUCCCUCCUCACCUGCCAGUGGGGUUCUUCCCUCUCCCCAGGGGAAGUCUACCUCCAAGCUGGGGCCUGAGGUGCAGGAGCCUUUGUUUCAGCUCGUGCAGGCCUUCGUCCGGCACGUGCAGAGAUAGAUGCUGUUCUACCACAGCCUCCCUUUCCAGGACUUGCACCAGAACGAUUCAUAUCCACCACAGAAAGCAUCACCCUUGGCAGAGCUUGUAACAAGGACUGGGGCAGGGAGGGAGGCCUGGUCUGGGCAGCGUUGGAUACCAAGCUGUAACAUCAGCAACAUGAUCCUGAUGAACUCCUGCAGAACAGUGAAUGUAAGGAGAGCUGCGAGGGGCUCCUCAGAUUGACCAGUGCACAGCCCGCCUGCUCCAUCUGCUAGAGCAUCCUGGCCAGGUACAAGUGCUGAACAGUCAAAACCUUUAUUUUUAUAGCUUGUACCUCAGCUAGGGAAGCUCUGGCUGAUGGAGUGAGAGGAGAGACUCUCCUCUGGGCAUUAACUCUGCUAUUAACACAAGGUGCAGUCUGGCCCUCCCUCCCAGUCAGAGUCCAGUUAAGGCACAACCUAGGGAUCAGCCAGCAAUUCAGAGACCAUCUUUCUACUAUUUUUGUACUGAGUGGUUCAAGGCAAGAUGGUGUAUGUGUGCUCACGCCUCCCCUCCACCCUCCAGUCUGUGUGUUGUGUGUUUUUCUGAAGAGCAAGGCCUCACUCAAGGUUUUUAAGUCAAAAUUCCAUUGCUCUAGUCUUGCAAUUUUUUGUAACUGUGGCCUAUUUAUACUGAUAUUAAAACCUUUAUAGACAG